GGAGAUUGUCUCAUACCACCCAUUGGUGCAACUAUACAACCUGUGGGAAGUGGGUGUCCCAAAGAGAGUUGAGAAAUUGCAGCACAUAUAAACAGGGCUGGUUUCCCCUGCCCUGUAGCCGCUGGGAGGCUUUGGAGUCACAGACCUGAAGGCAGGGGCCGGAGUGAGUCACCAUGGCCCCGGGAGCCACAGUCCUGCCCGCAGUCUUGCUUGUCCUGCUCCUGCACAUCAAGGACCUGCCUGCCCAGGCUGCUGACACCUGUCCAGAGGUGACAGUGAUGGGUCUGCAGGGCUCCGACAAGCUCGCCAUCCUGCGAGGCUGCCCAGGGCUGCCCGGAGCCCCAGGGUCCAAGGGGGAGAGUGGCACCCACGGAGAGAGAGCUUUCGAUGGCUACAGACUGGGUCCUGCUGUGCUGGGGAUACCAGCCUGGCCUCCUGCCUCCUGUCCUGACUCUCUGCAGGUUUUCCAGAGAAGGGUGGACGGCUCUGUGGACUUCUACCGUGACUGGGCCGCAUACAAGCGGGGCUUCGGCAGCCAACUGGGGGAGUUCUGGCUGGGAAAUGACAACAUUCACGCCUUGACCGCCGAGGGCACCAUCGAGCUCCGUGUGGACCUCGUGGACUUUGAGGGCAACCACCAGUUCGCCAAGUACCGCUCCUUCAAGGUGGAGAGCGAGGCUGACAAGUACAAGCUGGUCGUGGGGGCCUUCGUGGAGGGCAGUGCAGGUGAUUCUCUGACACAACACAACAACUCCCCCUUCUCCACCAAAGACCAAGAUAACACCGACGGUGGUCAAAACUGUGCCGUGCAGUACCAUGGAGCCUGGUGGUAUAUGUCUUGUCACAACUCAAACCUGAAUGGUCUCUACCUCGGGGGGAGUCAUGGAAGCUUCGCAAAUGGCAUCAACUGGAGCUCAGGGAAAGGGUACAACUACAGCUACAAGGUGUCAGAGAUGAAGUUUCGGCUCACCUAGCCGGGGGCUCCGAGCGGGGGUGUCCCAUACCUGCUACCAGGAGGGAGCCAUGUCCCUGCCCCCCACUGAGAAAGGAGACAUGGGGGUCUUGGCCCAUGGUCCUCGUGGGAGUGGAGGAGCUCCACGGCUCCCGUGGGCAGUGCCCCAGAGCUCGGCACCUUCCCUCCCACUGCAAGGCCACGAGUAACUGUCAGCCAGACCCUGUCUCCACGCACGGUACCAAUAAAGAUGUUUGUUCGCU